AUGUUUACUAAAAGUAUUAGAAGUGUGGCAAUCACCAAAUCAACCAUAAGGAAGGUUGGGAGGAGAUGGAAUCACAUGGAAUCAUGUGUAGAGCUUCCUAUGGAUAAGACAUCCCCUUUACCAAUCCCUGAUGAUGCAGUGAUAUUUAGUAUGAUUCAACCAACAGGUGUAAUCCACCUGGGCAAUUUCCUUGGUGCUAUCAAUACAUGGAAGCAGAUUAAUGACAAGAAGAGACCUGAUCAGAAAAUUAUAUAUGGUAUCGCGGACUUACAUGCACUGACUAUCCCUAAGAAAGAUUAUUCGUCACAAUUGAAGACUAACAGGAUGGAAGCCAUAGCAACAUUGUUAAGUUGUGGGAUUAACCCACAAGUGAGCACUAUCAAUUUCCAAUCGAUGGUGGGUGGAUAUCAUACAGAAUUGUUCUGGUAUUUAUCGUGCUUAGCACCAUUGGGGUAUUUAAAUCGUAUGACUCAAUGGAAGGAUAAAAAAAGUGGAGAUCAAACUAAGGAGAGAUUGGGUCUAUUUGCAUACCCAGUGUUACAAGCUGCCGAUAUCAUGAUUUACAAAGGUACUCAUGUACCGGUUGGUGACGAUCAAAGUCAACAUCUAGAGUUAACAAGAUAUCUAAGUGAACGAUUCAAUGCGAUGUAUAACGUUGAUUAUUUCCCUAGUGCAAAGACUCUAUAUAGUAAAAGUAAAAAAAUCGCAAGUUUGUCAAACCCUAGUAAGAAAAUGUCCAAGAGUAGUGAAGAUCGUUUAUCUAUGAUUUAUGUCACCGAUUCACCAGAGAGUAUCCGUGAAAAGAUUAAGAAAGCAAAGACAGACUCAAUUAGUGAUACCUUUUAUUUUGAUCCAGUAGAGAGACCAGGUGUUUCUAAUCUGUUAGAGAUUGUUAGUGGGUUCCAACAAAAGACUAUGAAGGAAGUCGAAAAAGAUGUAUCACAAUUACAUGAUUAUCGUUCAUUAAAAGAAUACGUUAGCGAUGUGAUCAUUGAAUCUCUAGCCCCCAUCAGAUCGAACUACACAAAGUACACAAACGACAAGAGCUACCUUGAGAGUGUCAUACAACAAGGCUACGAAUCGUCACAGGAGAUCGCUCAUAAAAACCUCACAGAUAUUAAGAAGAUUAUCGGUCUGUCAAACGAUUUCUAA